AGCACAGAGGAUAGGAUCUGAUAAAACCGCAUGCCGUUGACUGCGAUAUUGAUGCGGUGUCUGUUGCUCAUAAAUUUUCAUUAGUUAGCUUUGUCGUUUUUGCUUGCCGUCCCCACCAUUCCAUUAACAAACACUAUCUGUCCCUUUGUGCUGCUCUACUCCCUUACCAUUUUCAGCACUCGGACCAUUUGCUGCUCAAUGCCCAAACCCUAGCCCGGACCAUGUUCUCCAUUAACGACAUCGUCUUCGAGCCCGAUGACAUUAAGUUCGGCACUCUCUGGUGGUUCGUUUACGCUGGGGUUUCCUGCCUCCUUGUGCUUUUUGCUGGGAUCAUGUCCGGCCUUACCUUGGGCUUGAUGUCUCUUGGCCUCGUUGAGCUUGAAAUUCUACAGAGGAGUGGGUCCUCCACUGAGAAGAAGCAAGCUGCUACUAUCCUACCCGUGGUCAAGAAACAACACCAACUUCUCGUAACUCUGCUUCUAUGUAAUGCUUGUGCUAUGGAGGCGCUUCCUAUAUACCUUGACAAAAUUUUUCAUCCCUUUGUUGCUGUUCUGCUGUCUGUUACAUUUGUCCUUGCUUUUGGGGAGAUCAUUCCGCAAUCCGUAUGUUCAAGAUAUGGACUUUUUGUUGGUGCGAAUUUUGUGUGGUUAGUCCGUAUCUUGAUGAUCAUCUGUUAUCCCAUUGCUUACCCGAUAGGGAAGGUUCUGGAUGUUGCACUAGGACACAAUGAUGCUAUGUUUAGACGAGCUCAGCUUAAGGCACUUGUCUCUAUCCAUAGUCAGGAGGCUGGCAAGGGGGGUGAACUCACGCAUGACGAAACAACAAUUAUCAGUGGAGCACUAGAUCUAACUGAAAAGACUGCAGAGGAGGCUAUGACUCCUAUUGAAUCAACUUUUUCUUUAGAUGUCAAUUCCAAAUUGGACUGGGAAGCAAUUGCGAAAAUUCUUGCACGAGGUCAUAGUCGUGUCCCUGUGUAUUCCGGAAGUCAAAAGAACGUUAUUGGGCUCCUUCUGGUGAAGAGUCUGCUGACAGUUCGGGCAGAAACUGAGACUCCAGUCAGUGCAGUUUCCAUACGACGGAUUCCUAGGGUUCCAUCAGAUAUGCCUUUGUAUGAUAUCCUUAACGAGUUUCAGAAGGGAAGCAGUCAUAUGGCAGCUGUGGUGAAGGUUCAUGCAAAGAGCAAGAAUUCUCAGCCUACCAGUGAUGGAGAGAAAUUCAAUGAAAAAAAAUUUGCCAAUGGGGAUUCUCAGUUACAUGAGCCCUUGCUAAACAAGCAUGAUGAGAAAUCAGAAAGUUUCCUCAUUGAUGUUGAGAAAGCUGUGAGGCCUACCAUGAUCAAUGCGAAACAAAUUCUUGGUGCAGCAACAAAUAUGUCUCAUUUGUCAGAGGAUGUUGAAGAUGGGGAAGUCAUUGGUAUUAUCACACUUGAGGAUGUUUUUGAAGAACUUCUGCAAGAGGAAAUUGUGGAUGAGACAGAUGUAUAUGUUGAUGUACAUAAAAGAAUUCGUGUGGCUGCUGCAGCAGCUGCUUCUUCUGUGGCUAGAGCUCCAUCCAAUCGGAGGCUGACUGGUCAAAAGCCUGCAGGUGGUCAAGCUAAGCAGAGCCAGAUCACAAAGAAGUAUGGCGGAUGAUAUUGGACAAAGUUCCAUGGAAUACAGCAAGACUUUUCAGGAAAUAAGAGGAGACUUGAUAAUUCCAGUUUGACAAUUACGCUAUAGGUUCGAAUGUUUAAUUUCUUUGACGUCCGUAGCUUCUGUAAUCAGUAGGUAGAUCACCUUACAAUAUCAGGUCUUGGUUUUUUUCUCUCUGUAUACUAAACUUUUGUCCAUAGUGAACUUGAAAUCAGACAGGCUUGUGAAAAAUUUUAAGAGUUUCAGCUGUUGUUACACCAGCCACAUCAGUCUAGUAAUCACAUGGUUAACGUGGUUUCUGGGAGAGUGGAGCAGGGUGAGUGAAGUUGUCCCCCCUGUAUCUCCUCAAUUAGGGAAUGCCCUGUGUUGUGUUGGUCAAAUAAUGUAAUAAAUUUGGACUUUCAAA